UCUCUCAUGGACCACAGGCUUCCCACUUGAGACGUCAGAGCUGAAGGCUGAAAUUCCUCAAGGAGUCACCUGGGAGCAAGCUGUGACCAGCCGGGAGUGACACAUCUGUAUUCCAUCCGCUCUCUCCCUCUUUGCCCAUUUUUGCCCUGUCCUCAUAUGCUCAUAGGCACUUAGGCAGAAGUCAUCUGCUCGUGAUUCUGCCAAAGAUCUGCCUGUUGGGUUUGUGGUGGGAGGAUUAAAAAAAAGAAAAUAAAGAAAAAGAAACUACAGGCCAAGUUUCAACUCUGAAGUUGUCACCUUGGAGAAGUGGAGUCGAAGAGUGUGACACAAUGAAUGGACCUGUGGAUGGCUUGUGUGACCAUUCUCUAAGUGAAGAGGGAGCCUUCAUGUUCACAUCAGAAUCUGUAGGAGAGGGGCAUCCAGAUAAGAUCUGUGACCAGAUUAGUGAUGCAGUGCUGGAUGCCCACCUCAAGCAAGACCCCAAUGCCAAGGUGGCAUGUGAGACAGUGUGCAAGACAGGUAUGGUGCUCCUGUGUGGGGAGAUCACCUCAGUGGCCAUGGUUGACUACCAGCGGGUGGUGAGAGACACCAUCAAGCACAUUGGCUAUGACGACUCUGCCAAGGGUUUUGACUUCAAGACCUGCAAUGUGCUAGUGGCUCUGGAGCAACAGUCCCCAGAUAUUGCCCAAUGUGUCCACCUAGACAGAAAUGAGGAGGAUGUCGGCGCAGGAGAUCAGGGUCUGAUGUUCGGCUAUGCCACUGAUGAGACAGAGGAAUGCAUGCCCCUUACCAUCGUGCUUGCUCACAAACUCAACACCCGGAUGGCAGAUCUGAGGCGCUCUGGUGUCCUUCCCUGGCUGAGACCUGAUUCUAAGACUCAGGUAACAGUUCAGUACAUGCAGGAUAAUGGUGCAGUCAUCCCUGUGCGCAUCCAUACCAUCGUCAUCUCUGUGCAACACAAUGAAGACAUCACGCUGGAGGCCAUGCGAGAGGCCCUGAAGGAGCAGGUGAUCAAAGCUGUGGUGCCGGCCAAGUACCUGGAUGAAGAUACUGUCUACCACCUGCAGCCAAGUGGGCGGUUUGUCAUUGGAGGUCCCCAGGGGGAUGCAGGAGUCACGGGCCGCAAGAUUAUUGUGGACACAUACGGAGGCUGGGGUGCCCAUGGUGGUGGUGCCUUCUCUGGAAAGGACUACACCAAGGUGGACCGCUCAGCAGCUUAUGCUGCCCGCUGGGUGGCCAAGUCCCUGGUAAAGGCCGGGCUCUGCCGGAGAGUACUUGUUCAGGUGUCCUAUGCCAUUGGCGUGGCAGAACCUCUGUCCAUUUCCAUCUUCACCUAUGGGACUUCCAAGAAGACCGAGCGGGAGCUGCUAGAGGUGGUGAACAAGAACUUUGACCUCCGGCCCGGUGUUAUUGUCAGGGACUUGGAUCUGAAAAAACCCAUCUACCAGAAGACUGCAUGCUACGGCCAUUUCGGGAGAAGCGAGUUUCCCUGGGAGGUCCCCAAGAAGCUUGUGUUUUAGAGCUGCUGCAAGUUUAGCUCUGUCCCAUACUCACCUCUUCAGGAUCUCAACUCCCUGGUUUCCUAAUCUCUCGAAGAGUGCCCUCCCUGCCUCCUACCUUCAGGGCAAAGCCAGCUUCACCUAAUUUCCAAUCUGCAAACAUCUUAUGAAUGACAUGGCAGGUGGCUUUCUGGUGCUAGGUUAUCAGGUUUCCUUGUGAGGGUAGUCAUUGUUCCCUGCCUGUCCCUCAGAUGACAGCAAUGUUAAUUUUGUAUAAAAGUUACUCCUGUCUUGCAGGAGAUCCCUCC